AUGCAUCUCAAUAUUUUCUCUUGGGGUAACAAAGUUUAUUAAUCACAAUGGAAAUUGUUCCUGCAACGACAUUUGCUUUUUUGAAUCUCUAAAACUCUUCCUCGACUUUCUACGAUAUCAUGCAGAGCUUCUCACGACAGCUAGCAUGUCCUACCGCGCGUCGAAUAUUAAAUAAUGGCAUUCCGCGUCCUCUGGCUUUUCGAUACAUCCACGCCACUCCAGCAGCUCAGGCACCACGAAAGAGGAACUUCUUCUCGUCCAAUGCUGCACUUCAGCAAGAAGGUGUAUCUGCCGAUGCGGUCGCGGAUCUGCCACCGGCUCAGAAACGAAAACCUGUGCGUUCACCAGCGGGAAAGACUUCCCUUCGAAGAGUAGCAGUCGAGGCGCAGAGAUCACGAGAGAGUACACAACGUCGAAAAGAUGUAGUCUCAGGAAGCGAAGGAAGCAACAAGGUCACAGCUAUAUCAGUGGCAGAUCAAUUCGACAUGGACGCAGUGGUACGGACUCUGCGGGCUCACGGUUUCUUGAUUGACCCUGAUGAGACGGGCUUCGAGUCGGAUCAGGUCAUACACACCCGAGGUGCAAAUAAUGGAGAUAUUUUCGUCUUUCCUUCGGGAUCUCUGGUGGCAUGGUCUUUGCCUGAAGAUGUUGUGGCGGACUUGGCGACCAAGACAUUACUUCCUGCAGCCAUCAACCCACAUAUGGAUCAGAUGGAAACGGAAAAUCUUGAAUAUGCAGAAGAUCCAAAAAGGGAGAGCAGUAACAUCAAAGGAGACGUCAUUUUGCUUGGCACCAAGAAGCCCUCGCAUGCUGAGCAGCAAACAGACUCUCAAGUAGAUACCACUCUUGCCAAGAUUGCCUUCUCUUCGGGCUUGGCUAGGUCGACCAAACUAGCAGUGUUAGAGACAAUGCUCAGCAAAUACUCCGAAUCAACGCGAACGAUUCCGAAGAUACUUGCUCGAGGCUCGAAAUUGCCAUUCGAUCGUCGAUUUAUGUUACAAAAGACUGGCGAAUUGCUAGAGCUUAGAGCACAAUUAAACCACUACUCCGAACUCACAGACUCCUUGCCCGAUCUGUUCUGGGACAGCAAACACGAAUUGGGAUUGGAAGGGUACUACGACCAAGUUGGCAGAGCUCUUGAUGUUGGUGUGCGAAUCAAGACUUUGAAUGAGAAGAUGGACUAUGCUCAGGAGAUUGCGACCAUUUUACGGCAGACUAUGAGCGAGAAGCAUAGCAUUUAUCUCGAGUGGAUCAUUAUCGUCCUAAUUGCUGUCGAGGUAUUAUUUGGCCUUCGACAUAUAUGGAUCGAGAAGAAGAAGGAACGUGAAGAACGUGCAGCAAAGGCACAGAAAGAAUGACGAUCGACGAUCGACUGUAACAACACAACUCAUCUGGUGGCAUGGCGUCCGAGGGGACUGGCAUUUUUAGUGGCGUUUAUAGAGACCUCACAACGAUGGUCAUUCGAUCUAAGCAGGUCAGAGACUUUGAUACAUUCUCGGCGAGCUC